AUGACUGAGCUGGGUUUCAAGAAACAACCUAAAGGUUUUGCUUCAAAGGCAAUUCACGUAGGUCAAGAUCCUGAGCAAUGGAAUAGUUUGUGUGUUAUUCCUCCAAUCUGUUUGAGCACUACGUACAAACAAGAUGGUCCCGGACAACAUAGGGGGUUUGAAUACUCCCGAAGUGGAAAUCCUACUCGAAAUGUACUGGAAAAGUGCUUAGCAUCGCUGGAUAAUGGAAAGUACGGAUUGACUUUUUCGUCCGGAUUAGGCGCAACAACAGCGGUUUUGACUAUGCUUUCCAACGGUGAUCACAUUGUCAUCGGUGAUGAUAUUUAUGGUGGUACAAAUCGUUUAAUCAGACAAGUAGCAUCGAAAUUUGGAAUUGAAGCUACAUUUGCUGAUCCAACAAAUAUUGAGGAUUUCAAAGCAGCUAUAAAGCCAAACACAAAAUUAGCGUGGGUUGAAACACCAACGAAUCCUACAAUGAAAGUUGUUGAUAUUGAAGCCCUAGCCGAAGUUGUACACAAAGCUGGCGAUAUCAUAUUUGCUGUGGACAAUACUUUCUUGACAUCGUAUUUCCAAAGACCCCUGGAGUUGGGCGCUGAUUUAGUUUGUUAUUCUUUAACUAAAUAUAUGAAUGGUCAUACUGAUGUCGUAAUGGGAGCUGUUACAAUGAACUCGGAAGUACUGUACAAUCGUCUAAAGUUUCUACAAAACGCUGUCGGCAUUGUUCCAUCUCCGUUUGAUUGUUACCAAGUAAAUCGCUCAUUGAAGACCCUUGCUUUGCGCAUGGAACAACAUUUCAAAAACUCAGUGGCAGUUGCGAAGUUUUUAGAAAGUCAUCCAUACGUUGAAAAGGUUCUGCACCCAGCCCUUCCUUCUCAUCCAAACCAUAAAAUUGCACUAAAACAAACAUAUGGUUAUAGUGGAGUAUUUUCAUUCUACCUAAAAGGAGAUUUGAAAAAUUCGACCGAGUUUUUGAAAAGUCUUCAUAUGUUUGCACUCGCAGAAAGUCUUGGAGGAUACGAAAGUUUGGCUGAAUUACCAUCUGUAAUGACUCAUGCUUCUGUACCAGCUGAAGACAGAAAAAAGUUGGGAAUAACGGAUUCUCUGAUUCGAUUAUCUGUGGGUCUCGAAGACGUAGAAGACUUAAUCGAAGAUCUAAGUAACGCUUUAAAAGCAGCUCAAAUUGUUUAA